AUGAGGGGAAAAACACAGGAUGGAUCGGCGUCAUGCUGGUUUAAGGUCACAAUUCCACAUGCACGAAAGUGUAACAAGACAAAACUGAUGAAAUCAAUUCAGAGUUACUGCACGCUUCCUUUCGUUGCUGUGGACUUCCAUUACAUCAGGAACCAGGCCUGUUUCUUUAUUCAAGAUGAGAUUGCAGCAUCCGCCCUGAGGGAUGUGAGUGGAAAGAUUCGGGAUGAUGACAACAGAAAGAUAGCUGUGUUCGUCCAUCGCUCUGCUGCACCCUACUCUGUGCAGAAUCAACUGAAACCAGAAGAAAUGCAACUGCUGAAGCGCACUUUGUACAAACGGUAUGAUGCCAACACAAAGCGCCUUGACCUACAAAGUCUACGCCUUGACCCAGACUUGAUGCACCAUCAUAUUGACAUGAUACUGAAUCAAAGACAAUGCAUGGCUGCAACCCUACAGAUCAUUGGAACAGAAUUCCCUGAGCUCUCGGCUCUGAAUUUGUGCAACAACAAACUGCACCAUCUGGAUGGCCUGUCUGACAUUUUAGACAAGGCCCCCAAAGUCAGGUCCUUGAACCUGUGUGAUAACGAGCUUUGGACAAUACUAGAACUGGAGAAGGUAAAAGAGCUGAAGCUGGAAGAGCUGUGGCUGAAAGGGAACCCGCUGCGCAAGAUCUUCCCUGACCACGCAGCCUAUGUAAGGUCAGUGGUAGUGCCUGUGAACUGUCUGUGGACAUUCAUCUGCCAGGGGCUCAAGUUGGCCCUGAGUGGCACCUGUAGGAGGAUGUAA